UCCUGUAAAUAGUGCGCUGCGCUCUAAACCGCAUUUAGGCAAACUUUAAAGAAAAACACUCCAUUUAAAUGCCACAGUUAUCUUCUUCUUGUGUUUUAUGUUGAAUUAGCGCAUGCGUAGAAAACCUACGUUAGAUUAAAAACGUUUUAAGCGAAACACGACUGAUAAACAAAUAAGCGUACGCCUGUUUUGUGUAUAUAUCCUUCCGCUAGCUUUCCGUGUCUUUUCAGACUGUUUAGGUCUGUGUCUUUCACACGCAGACAUCUACUGCGAGCUGUUAAUAAUUACUUAAAUCGUUUUUAGUGUUUAUCUAGUCUACAUAUAUAUAUGAAUAAUAUACAUCUGUUUCACUGAUAAAAGGAGACAAGAAGGAAAGGAGCUAGCUGUCUCUGCCUUAGCGUCAGUCGCACUGAGCAGGCUGGAAUAAUCAGCACCUAGCAACAGCAGCGAGCUGUCGCGUGCUAGCUCUACUCUCAUUAGACCGUUAAAGCAUUACGUACGGAGAUCUUUUCUAACACAUUUGCUCAAAUAGUCUGCUCAAGGACUCGUUUAUGGGAUAAUCAUGUCAAUGAAGCAGACAGGCGGUAAUCGCAGCAAACCGGGUAGCAGUAGCGGUAGCGGCGCCGCAGCGGCCUCAGGAGCCGGGGGAUGCGCAGGAGCUGCUGCGGGGCGACACGCUUUAACAAGGGGACGCAACAGCGCCAAAACACACUCCACACCAGUGGCCUUCAGUGGAGUUUAUGCAAAUAUGAGGAUGGUCCACGUCUUAACUUCUGUGGUGGGAGCCAAGUGUGAACUGAAAGUGAAAAAUGGGGCAAUCUAUGAAGGCGUCUUCAAAACCUACGGUCCAGAGUGCGAUCUGGUUCUGGAUGCAGCCCACAGGAUGAGCCCAGAGCCGAGCGUAGGCCCUCGACGUGAGGACAUAGUUGAGAGCAUCAUCUUCAAGGCCUCAGACGUUGUGGUGGUGCAUUUUAAAGAUGUGGACCUGGGCUAUGCCAAAAAAGUCUCUUCAGAGCAAGAUAACCUUACAGACAACUCAUUAAGCGCCCGUUUAAAUGGAGAGCAUAAAGAGAAAGACUUGGAGCCCUGGGAUGGAGGAGAUCAGCAUGCGUCUGGCAGCUUGGAGUCUCUUGAUACUGACUUGUCAAAUGGUUGGGACCCUGAUGACAUGUUUAAAUACAAUGAGGAAACGUAUGGUGUGAAGUCUACCUAUGAUAGCAGCCUGUCCUCAUACACAGUUCCACUGGAGCGAGACAAUUCCGAGGAAUUCCUCAAGCGGGAAGCUCGAGCAGCGCAGCUGGCUGAGGAGAUUGAGGCCAGUGCCAUCUAUAAGGCCCGUGUGGCACUAGAGAACGAUGAGCGAUCAGAAGAGGAAAAAUACUCAGCUGUAGUGCGGGACACGCACACACUUAGCAGGGAAAAUAAAUACAUUCCUCCAGGCCAGAGGAACAGAGAAGCAGGACUGUCAUGGGGAGCAGGACGACAGAACUCACCCAGACUGGUGCAGUGCAGUCCUGGACCUGCUACACCCAGAGCUUCACCUCACGACUACAGCACACUUACUGGUGUGGAUCAGCGUGUUGUCAAUGGAGGUGCUCAGCAUUGGCUCUCUCACUGCCCAUCUCCCUCCUCUCGCCCUUCCUCUCGCUACCAGUCAGGCUCCAACGCCUCCCUUCCCACUCGGCCUCCCUCCAGACCCCCAUCCAGGCCCUCGCGGCCACCCUCUCACCCCUCUGCCCAUGGCUCUCCAGCAACCCUCUCCAUUCUUCCCAAACGCCUCUCCCUGGAAGGUCCACCAAGGAUGUCCCCAAAGUCCCAGCGGACCCCCAGGGCGCACAGAGGGCCCUCCUGUAGGGGAGCUGGUCCUCCUGGGGUGGAAUUCAUGUCUCAGGGUGGAUCUGGAGAGGCAUCAACGACGACUCCUGCCCGAAGCAGUUCCUCAGGUGGCACUUGGUCUUCAGUGGUCAGUGGAGGACACAGACCUCGUUCUCCUAGACAACACAUUGUGGGAGGAGCUCCUCCUGGCUCCUCCUCGUCGCCUCAAGCUGGCACAGUACCAGUCGAUUCAGUGGCCACACCCACCUCGGCAACAUCACCGAUUUCAGCGAGUCCUGCAUCCAACAUGGCUGCAAUACCAGUAACUGAAGCAAAAGAAAUUAGGCACAAUUCUCCCUCGGCCAACAAGGAGAAUGUAAAGCCUGUGGAAUCUUCCCCAAGCAGUAGACCAGUUAGUAAAGGAUUUCCAAGCAUGCCAUCUGACCAUAGAAAGCAAUUAGACAACUUAAAAAAAUUCAGUGUGGAUUUUAGGUUGCAGUCCAGCUCUAAUCCAGACCUCGGAGUUGAGACAAUGAUGACGAAGUCUCCAAGGGACUCUGGAGAGAAGCUUAAGGAGUCGGCCAGUGAUAAGAGCAUGACGGAGUCCACAGGACCCAAAGUUUGCUCAGAGUCUUCUGGCAGUGAAGAGGUGUCGGCAUCUAUGGGUGCAUCUGUCGGGAGUAAACCUGGAACUCCUUCUCCCUCUCCCUCAUCCUCCACUCACAGCACAGAGCAAAAACGUUCACCUGAUGUGACAUCUCAGGGUGUCCAGACUUCCUCGCCUACUGCUGUCAAGUCAGAUGAUAAAGAGGACAAGAAGGACCUUGUAUCAGAGAGUGUUAGAAAAUCAACUCUUAAUCCUAACGCCAAGGAGUUUAACCCCAGACCAUUCAGCACUCCACCCAAACCAGCCACUACUCCGACUCUGACACGACCCCAGGGUCAGCCGAGUCCUUCUAUUGUGGUGCAGCAGCCUCCUACAGUUUAUACCCAGCCAAUGUGCUUCCCACAGAUGUACCCACUGAACCCUGUCAGCCCUGGAGUGCAGAAAAGCAUUAUCUGGAAGCCACCUGUGUAUCAUCUUCCAGUUCCUCACAUGACUGUAAGCCAGUCCAAGCCGUACAGACCAGGUAAAGUACCCAAUAUCCAACAGCAACGACCUGAGCAGCAUCACCCAGCAGGCACAUCACCCAUGAUGCACCCUGCCACAGCUGCAGGUCCUCCAAUCGUAGCCCAGAGCCCAGCUUACACAACUCAGUAUUUCACCUGCCCUCAGCAGUUCAGCAGCCAGCCGCUUAUGCAACAGAUGCCCCACUUCCAGUCCCAGGCCCAGCAUGUGUUCAUGCAGGGAGGAGCGAGGAUGCUCACACCUGGUCAUGGCCAGCACAGUCUGGUUUCCUCCUCCACUACCCAGUAUGGUGAACAGACCCACACAAUGUAUGUCUCUACCCCCAUCCACCAGCAGUACCCGCAUCCUGGUGCCACCCUCCACCCACAUCCCCCUCAACCCCCACAGCCCUCAGCCACGCCCACGGCUCAGGCCCAGCAGAGUGGGCAACAUGGUGGCGCAAGCCACGCCGCCGCUAGCCCUGUCCAGCAUGCGCAGCACCAGGCAUCUCUCCACCUGGCCGGUGCAGCUCCACCACAGCAACAGAUGUAUUCGGCCUUGACGCCGACCCCGCCAUCCAUGACUCCCGGUCCAUCUCCUCAGUCCCCGCAGGCUGUCUACAUCCACCCUCAGCAGGUCCAGCACUCGUACAAUCCCAACCACAUGGCUCAUGUGCAGCAGGCACACAUGCAGUCAGGAAUGGUGCCUCAACAUCAUGGCACUCCGUCUCACCCCGUGAUGCUGAUGGCUACACAAGCACCUGCUGGUCCACAGCCACCUUUACCCCAGAACACACUCAACCCCAUCCCUGUCUCCUCAACCACACAUUUCUCCUACAUGGCACAUCCUCAAGGUAUCAACUUUAUCAACAGGACUAAACACUAUGAACAUAAGUAGAGUUCAUAUUUUGAGGACUGUUCAAGCCAAGCUGGGACUUUUGAUUGUACAGAAUACCAACAAAGUUAUGAGGGUAAAAUCCUCCCUUUAUUUCUCUAUUUAAUCCCCUGCUACACUACUGCACUUAUCCCAGUGUUUCACUAGUGCUUGCAUCCACCAAGGUAGAACAUUUUCUGAGUACACCGGAGCCAUGAUCAUACUGCCUGCUUCACUUUUGAAACGCUGGCCUCCCAGGAACUCCUUUAUUGGCCCAAACGUGUAGAAACAUGUGGAGCGAGGUUAAGACUAUACAUGGGAUGCGGCAGUAACUACCAGCCGAGUUCAUGUGCAAGUGGUGUUUGUGAACAGUUCCUUUCCCACAGACAACUUGUCACCAACAUGCCGGAGAGACACAACUUUCAGGUGUUCCACUCACUGAAUGUUCACAGGAACGACUGCUGUGUGCUCUGAGCCACCUCGCCCGGGAUCGUCUUUCACCGAUGUACGGUCUCCUUUAAAACAUUUGCACAGUUCAGAUGUUUUACUGAAUCUCAUCACCGUACUCCGCUUGAAGCCAAUAUCUCAAAAAAGAAGUAAAUAUCUCGGUUGUAUUCCUUCAUUCACAAGAGAUUUCAUCACAAGUCCCAGUUUGACUUGAACACUCGUAGGUGAAGACCUCCUGAUGCGUGUGUAACAUCCAAAUUAGCUUCCUAAUCUUCCUGAGCAGUAAUUGGGUGUCCUUGUACUCUCAAAAUACUGCCAUAAGUAAAAAUAUACAUUAUGCAGUUCGCACAUUGUAAAAUGGAUUCCUUCCCCCUUUUCUUCUCAGUACAACCUCACCAUCAGCAGCAGCUUUAGAGGAUGAAGAUCGGCUCGUUGCAGCUGAUUCCAGUGACGUGCUCGGUCCCUGUGAGCCACUGGCUGAGCGAUCCUUCACCUGCUCCUUCUCUACAUGCCCAGUGAAACGGCCACUAAACGCCAUCUUGCCGCACUGCACUUUUGCUGAUCUAUCAGAAAUUAAUGCUAACAAGCAAAGUUGCAGUGACCAGAUGUUUUUUUUUUUUUACAUAUGUUUUAACAUGAGGGGACUGUUUUAGAUGCCAUGAGUGAGAAACUGAAUGUCAAGAAACUGGGACUUGCAUUUUGUUUUGCACCUUCUAUGUAACAAACUCUUCCAGUAAAUUGACAGUAUUAACAUUACUGUUAAAUGCUGCUGCUAUUGCCAUGUUCAGGAACAUACAAAAAAAUACAAAACAAAAUUUACUCUAACCAAAUUAAACAAAAAAAAAACUUACAAUGAUUAAAAUGUUUGGCAAAAAAUAUUAAUUACAAUUUAUUAAUCAAACUGAACGGGCCCCAAUUACAUUUGACUGUCAAAAGACUGCUAAGUUAAAGAAAAUUUUACUUUGUAGAUAAUAUAAAUAAAUUAAAAAAAGAAUAAAAACAUUAAAAAAGUUGUAAAAAGUGGUAAUGGCUUAUGUGUUUCAUCAUUGUUGAGUGAAUGAAGUGUUUUUCUUCACACUUUCACACUUAAAAAGCUUGAAUGUUGCUGGAACUGUACUAAAGUGAUGAACACCAAUUCUUUUUAAAGAUUCUCUCAGGAAAGUGAUGGAGAAUGCUUCCUAACACACAACUCUAGAAUCUCCUGUAGAGCUCUUAUGGUCAUGUGAUCCACAAUCAAAACAUUUCACCAUUUUGUCUUGUAGCCUGUCACAGAUGAUACCUACGGCGAGCCUAAUAAUGAGAAAUCUCUGGCUAAAUUUACACAACGUGAGACCAGAUGUGUAUGUAGAGAAACUCAUUGUAGAGAUUAGCAGGCUGUUGCUUGAUGGGCUUCCUCUGGUUUCCUCCCACGGUCCAAAUACAGGCAGAUUAGGAUAACUGGCAUUUCCAAUUCGUGUGUGUGCACAUGUGCGUGCUUGCACGUUGAACUGACACUAUGUAUAAAUAUUCGUACCCGGCCAGUUAAGUCAAUCAGC